AUGGCGGGUGCGACGGCCGGGCGACAGGGGAGCGGCGCAAAGGGCGGCAGCGAUGAGAAGCGGCAGCGGCAGGGCAAGGGCAGCCGCAAGGGCAAGGGCGGGUACAAGGGCAAGGGCGGGCGAAAGGGCAAGGGCCGGCGCAAGAACCCGCAGGCGGCGAGCGCAGUGUACAUGGAUCCGGCGAGCGAGGCGGAGGCGGCGCAGCUGGCAGCGACGGCGGAGGAGCUCCGGACGGUGAGGCGGUCGCUGCCGAUCUUCUCGGGGCGGAAGAAGCUGAUCAAGGCGCUGCGGGCGACACAAGUGGCGGUGGUGGUGGGCGAGACCGGAUCAGGCAAGUCGACCCAGCUGCCACAGUACUUGUUUGAGGCCGGAAUGGUCAACGCGCGGUCGCGGGUGGCCAUUACCCAGCCACGUGUGGUGGCAGCCACAUCGGUGGCGGCGCGUGUGGCUGCCGAGGUUGGAACUCGCGUCGGGGAUGUGGUCGGCUACCGGGUCCGGUUCGAGCACCGAUGCUCGGCCGGGACGGUGAUCAAGUUUCUCACCGACGGCAUGAUGCUGCGGGAGGCCAUUGCCGACGACGCGCUCUCCGAGUACGGUGUCAUUGUUCUCGACGAGGCCCACGAGCGGACCGUUCACACCGACGUGCUCCUCGGCCUGCUCAAAAGCUUGCUCCAGCGGCGGCCGGAGCUCAAGCUUGUCAUCAUGUCUGCCACCCUCGAUGCCUCGGCCUUUGCGUCGUUCUUUGACUCGGCGCCGGUGCUCUACGUUACAGGGCGGACGUAUCCAGUCCAAACGUUUUACGCUGCCGAGCCACUGGAGGACUACAUCGACGGCGCGCUGACCACGGUGCUGCAAGUUCACGAAGACCUCGCCGAGGCGCCGGGCGACAUGCUGGUCUUUCUCACCGGGCAGGCCGAGAUCGAGGCGCUCCAGACGUUGCUCGAAGAGCGGGCCCCACUGCUCGACGCAAGCACAACGCUCAAGAUGGAGGUCCUCCCGCUGUACGCAGCGCUGCACCCGGACGAGCAGGCCAAGGUAUUCCUCCCGCCGCACGAUGGUGUCCGCAAAGUUGUUCUCUCGACCAACAUUGCUGAGACUUCGAUCACCAUCAACGGCAUCACAACAGUCAUCGACUGCGGGCUAGUCAAGACGCGGGCAUUCAACCCACGGAUCGGGGUCGAAACGCUCAUGAUCAUGGAGACAUCGCAGGCGCAGGCGCGGCAGCGUGCCGGGCGUGCGGGACGCGAGCAGCCUGGGCGGGCCUUCCGGCUUUAUCCCGAGUCUGCCUUUAGCGACCUGCCUGCACAGCCAGUGCCGGAGAUUCGGCGAGCUAACCUGGCGUCAGUCAUUCUCUUGCUCAAGGCCGUGGGCGUCGACGACGUACUCAACUUUGACUACAUGGAGCCGCCGUCGAUCGAGUCGCUCACUGCUGCGCUCGAGCAGCUGUACCUGCUCGGUGCUUUGGAGAGCGAUGGGCGGCUAUCUGCGUUGGGCGUGCAGAUGUCGCGGUUCCCACUCGAGCCGCGGUUCUCCAAGAUGCUGCUGGCUUCGGCCGAGCACGAGAACACGGCCGAGAUCAUCACGGUGCUUGCCAUGCUCUCUGUCGAGUCGAUCUUCUUCUAUCCCAAGGACAAGAUGGGUGCGGUUGGCGCAGUGCUGCGGCGGUACUCUGCUGGCGGCGGCGACCAUGUCAUGCUACUCAACGUGUACAAGGUGUACGUCAUGUCGGGGCGAUCGGCCAAGUGGUGCACCGAAAAUUACGUGACGGCGCGGUCCAUGCGCAAGGUUGACGCGGUGCGGAAGCAGCUGGUCCAGCUUGCACGCGGCCAGGGUCUGGAUCCGACGGCGUCGAGCGACGACUCGGAGGCGCUCAAGAAGGCGUUGCUUGCCGGUGCGUUCAUGGACGUGGCGCUGCUGCAGCCAGACGGCUCGUACAAGACGGCCAAGUCGUCGCGAGCAGUGCUCAUCCACCCAUCAUCGGUCCUGUUCCGGGCCAAGAAGGCGCAGGCGCUGCUGUACAACGAGCUGCUCCUCACUUCGCGGCAGUUUAUGCGGACUGUGACGAGGAUCAACCCUAAGUGGCUGCCGGAGAUCGCGCCGGGUAUGUACGCGUACGACGUGGCGAGCGGGAGCUCGGCGGCGACCGGUGGCUCACGCGGGCAAGCUUCGGGUUCUGCGACCAAGUCGCUCGCACAGCUCAAGGCCGAGACUGCGGCCAAGAAGGCGGCGCUGUCGACGGCGCUGGCUGAGAUGCGGACCGGCGAGCCGUAGUGGGGUACUGAAUCAAAGCUACGCUAGCU